GCCCUUGAAGGACAACGCCCCUCCCAUGAAGGCUGUCUUGGUCAUGGUGUUGUUUGCACUGCUGCUCUCGUGGUGGAGUGACGGUGUGUACUACCGUAAAAUUUCCAAAUAUAAAGACGCGUGUGAGUCCAAUCGCGCUUCCUUCCACCCCUUUGUUGUUUCAGUGGAUGGCAUGCUUGCCCCUCAAGCCAAGACUCUCUUACAACGCCUUGCUUCUGCUACUGCCUCCAAAACUCAAUUUUCCUACUCUCAAAUGAUGUUCUUCAUGCAGACCCGUAUCUCAAUUGCCCUUGUGAAAGCUACCCAUUUAUGUCUCCGUGGGUCCCGCACAGCCAAACCCUUUGCCCCCCGUAAUGGUCCUCCAUUUCUUGCCCCUGAUCCCACAGAACCUAGUCCUGAAUUUCGACUGUUCUUUGCUUAAGCCUGGCCCCGGCUGGCUUCCGUAGAUAAUUUCCCUACUCUAAACCCCCUUAUAUACCGUAGUAGUGGAAGCACGCGGUUGAGGGCUGGGAAAAUCGAACCAGAUUGUCACUUCUGGUAGGGUUAGCGAUAUCUAAACACCUCAUUCUUUAGAAGGCCGCACCCCAGCUUUUAAAAACGACAACCACCAAGACAACACCACUCAACACCACAGGCAACCAAUAGACCACUCAUACCGGUACCUACCGUACUAGCUAGUUGUGCUGCCUAGAUAGCUUUCGUUGAGCUUCCAUCUAACAUUUUCAUUGCAGUGAGAGGCCAAGAAAGAUGGUAGCACCCAAAAUGCAUUUGAGGAGGCUAACCACGGAAGCAUGUGCUACGUAGCAAGCAAUCAAGCCUUGGAAAAGAUAAUUCUAAACUCAGCCAGGUUUGGUACGGAUGUACCGUAGCCCUGAUUGAACGGUCAAGAGAUUACUAGAUGUAACUAUGAGAAGUUGCAACGACCUGGUGGGUCAAGCUAAAGCCGCUAAUCUCAAGCUACCUGCUACCUACCUACAGCUGUUGAGUUUCUCUGUUGAGAGCUAAAGAUGUGAGACGGUGCAAGUCGUCGAGUGAAUUUUUCUCCGCUCACAACAUGGAGCGCUGGUAUCGUUCCGUGUACAGUACUGGUACUCCAGCGUAAUAACUGUUGCUUCGGAUUUGCCGUUUUUUGAGUCGUUUUUGAAUGCGACAAGUCCCUUUGAAUUCUGUUUCCACGAAAUCGAAAGAGAAGUCGAAAAGCAGCAUCAGGACGACCUCUACGAUCUCCGACACCCUUUCUUGCCUGGACCAGGUCAAUUCAAUUCAAUUCAUCAAUACAGACUGUAGACCGUUCCAGGGUGCGCAGUCAAGUGUUACGGAUUGAUCGAACGGAUCGCAAAGCGUUUAUUGUUGUCACUAAACGAGACACGCCUGUCACUCCCUUGAUGGCUUGUUGGAUAGGCACUCUUCUCGAUCGAAGAAUACUUUUCACAAUUCCCACUAACCAGCUACCAGUACGAGCUCAACCGAAUCUGGGACGAAAACGGUAACGAUGGGUCCACCCAAGCUGAGCGUGUCCUCCGGGACGAGUUGGCUCUCUGGCAUGUCCAUGACAUCGCAGACCGACUCGGCAGUGCUGCAAAGUUUCUUUGGCUCCAUGAAUCCCCGUGACUUUAUGGAGACGACGCCAAUCUCGGAGCACAUUGCCGAUGUCAACAGUGUAGGCAUGAAUGCCAGGAUGAAGCGACACUUGCAACCCAAAGUGGUGACACCACCGCGACGGUCAAUGGCCAUGGAGGUUUCUUCCCCUCAAAGAGGUCAAGAUUGGAGUGUUCCGGUUAGCAAAUUCCUACAGGGCUUUCGAGUGCAGGCAGCAGCCAGUCUCUCUAAUGCCUAUCGAACACACCACCCCAUGAAUCGGUCUGUGACAACUGGAAUCCUGACAACCUCACUGGCAGAAGAUAUCUUCUUUCUGGUAGAUGUCCAACUGAACGUUUUACACGACUUUUUGGAAGACGCUGGUAUUCUCAAUUCAGACGACGGAGAGGAUGUGAUUGAGGAUGCGCUUUUGGCCAUCUUUCGCUGCAUUUGGGCCGAACAAACACGACAUCGGGAAACUUUCUUGACUAGCUUUGACAUGUGCUGUGCCACGGCAAACGAUUUCUUUCGCAUGAUGACACGGAUUGAAGACCUCAUGACAGAUCUAGAGCUCAAAUACCCCUUCCUAGAGUGGAACGCACUGGACGGAGACACCAAAACCGAAGUCAUUCGACGAGAAGCCAACGACUUGGCGACACUCUUUGUCAGUGAUGCCGUUUAUGCAUCACAGUCGAGCCAUUUGUACGUCAUGAGAAAUGUCAGAGAAUCCACCGUCACGGAGGAGUUGUUUAGCAGAGACUGGGAAGAUCGAUACACACACAACGAGGUGAUUCUGACCAUGCUGCGAGGGUUUGAAGAAUACAACAACGAUCUGCAAAACUUUCUUUGCAAUGAUUUCCUCUAUCACAAAGUGGUGGUUGCCCUUGUACGUGCCACGGUAUGUUUCUUUGUCGAACUCUUGCUGAAGAAGAGCUCCUACGUGCGACGAAAGUCCACAAAGAAGUUUGGCAAAUCCGAAGAGGAUCGGCGAAAGGCGCUGCCCUUUGCCUGCCCGGCCAGAGCGCUGUGUCGCAUGAUGUAUGACAUUCGAUUCUUGCAGGACUAUUUCCACAAGAUCUCUCAGGACUCGCAACCACUGACGCGAGUUGUUGCCAACGAAAUGAACACUCUUACCAUCAUUCACGAGUUUUUGGGCCUGGCGGUAGGACACACUGGAUUGGAUAGUUUGGAGGAGUUUAUGGUGGUCAUACACAAACGAUCGGGAGCCAAUGCAGACGUCACGAGACACUUUCUAAACGACCUGUGGUUCCUUGCUGCUCCCCACGAAGAGAAGGAGCGCAUCAACAAUACGUUUGCCUUGAUGAAGGGAGAACUGGAAAUGGUUUCGGCCAGAAUGAAAGAGAGCAUAAAGAAGCCCAAGAUGGGGAAUCAUCCAGACGGACGAGAGGUUACGCCACAACUGGAGAAUACGCUGCGAGAGUACUAUGAAGACCGUAUCUGGCAAGAGAAAAUUUCGGGGUGUGGCGGGAUGCUGAAGGCACAUCAUAUGAGGUGAUGAUCUAUAUCAAUGGUUUUGAGUGACAGUGAACAAAGCACGAGAUAUUUACUUCUUGAAACAAACGCACUUGUUAUGGCCUGGGCUUUUGAUGGCUCGGCGCAAGCAAAAGUUUAACGAGGGAGCAAAGUGCUCCCCCAAGAUGGCGAUGAUACAUGUAGAUGCCGACACGGCUAUCAAAGCUAUGGGAGAGAAAGGUGUCGAACAUCGGGACAAACAGAACAACACAUUGCCAAUUGUUAGCACGUAAUAGUUGUAAAAAUGCAUGGAACGAGAUCAAAUGA